UCUGAUAUGAAUAUUAGUGAUCAUGAAUUAGAUGACACCAUUAAUAGAAUUAUGGACGCAACAGAUGGUGUUGGAGAAAUAUGGGAAAUGGAAAAUGAUGAUAUUUCUCAGGAUUCACAAAAUGGUGAAAAAUCUAAAACGAAUAAUAUCCCUGUUGAUAGUUAUGAAGCAUGGCAAAAAAAUCUUGAAAAAGCAGGGCUGAGUUAUAUUCGACAUGAACAUAAAGCAGGUGUCGAUUAG